UUGUCUUUUUCUUUUUUCAUCAUGAAUUUGAAAAACCCCUCCUUGAAGAAUGUCAAUUUUCUGUUUUCCCAGAGACACCAACAUACAUUGAUUGUAAUCUAAGCAACAAUAACAUGGGCUAUUGAUUCAUAUUUAUGUGACCUGUUUAUGUAAUUAGUAUAGAAUCGUGCCUAGCAUUUUGUUUGAAUAUGUGAUCCAAGUCCAUGAAUAGGCCAGAUUGUUAUGGGGUGGUUGGAUUCUCUUUUGGGAGAAGAUGGGAGAAGGUUAUUUAAAAGGAAAGACAGUGAUGCUGGCGAUGCAGGUAGAGCACUGGAAGAACUCAGAGCUUCUCUCUACAAUGAGAUCCGAACCUCAGAAGGUGCCAAGCGUCAGCAGCAAAGAUAUUGUGGACCAUUGGUGGCACUGUCCUUCAACUUUAUGGUUGCAGUUGGGAUUAUCAUGGCAAACAAAUUGGUGAUGGGUAAAGUUGGCUUCAACUUUCCAAUUUUCCUCACAUUUGUACACUACAUCACUGCAUGGUUUCUGCUAGCCAUUUUCAAGGGUCUCUCAGUGCUUCCUGUGUCCCCUCCAUCCAAAACAACUCCAUUCUCAUCUUUAUUUGCACUUGGUGCUGUUAUGGCCUUUGCCUCUGGCCUUGCAAACACUAGUCUCAAGUAUAACAGUGUUGGUUUCUACCAAAUGGCUAAGAUUGCUGUCACCCCAACAAUUGUUUUUGCGGAGUUCAUUCUUUUUAGAAAAAACAUUUCCUUCCCAAAGGUUUUGGCUUUAGCUGUCGUGUCAGCAGGUGUAGCUGUUGCAACUGUAACAGAUUUGGAGUUCAAUUUAUUUGGUGCUUUAAUUGCAAUUGCUUGGAUAAUCCCAAGUGCCAUAAAUAAGAUUCUAUGGUCUGCUUUACAACAGCAAGGCAACUGGACAGCUCUGGCGUUGAUGUGGAAGACAACCCCCAUCACAGUUUUCUUCCUUGGGGCUUUGAUGCCAUGGAUAGAUCCACCAGGAGUUCUAUCCUUCAAGUGGGAUGUCAACAACUCAACUGCCAUUUUGGUAUCUGCUCUCCUUGGUUUUCUCUUGCAAUGGUCGGGUGCCUUGGCAUUGGGGGCUACUUCUGCUACAACUCAUGUUGUUUUAGGACAGUUUAAAACCUGCGUGAUACUGUUGGGAGGGUAUCUAUUAUUCGACUCAGAUCCUGGGGUUGUGAGCAUUGGAGGUGCUGUUGUUGCUCUUUCAGGGAUGUCAGUUUACACAUCACUGAAUUUGAACGAGUCUCAGGAAAAUACGAGCAAGCAACUCCCAAAGCAAAGUUCGCCUUCACCCAAACCCAAAUCAACAAGUGGAGACAGCACAGAUUUGAAUGUAAAUACUACCACUAGCACCAUUGUCUGAGUGAAUCAUAUAACAUUAAUACCAAACUAUUGAGGCACUCAUAUCUCCUCCAUUUUAGCAAUUCAGGUCUAAUUGUGCAGCGAGACUUGUUGUAUAGACAGAUCAGUCACAGUAAUUCAAUUACUGCAAAAUUUGUU